ACAGCUCUCACUCAUUGGCCGUCUUUGCUGAAGACACAACUUUGCGACUUGCAGAUUAUUUCAAAAUUCGCUUUCAGGAAAGCCGUUUUCUUCUUCAUUAGCUAGUUCCAGAUCAUCGAACCAGCUGUUUGUCCACCGCUGGUUCGCGUUCCAGCGCUACUGGCUGGCGUUUUGGCCGACAACAUACGCAUCACCUUACUCAUACCGCCUCGAACAGCUCCACCCCAUGCCAUUACAGUGCAAAAUUCCCCAUGCUUAGUACAUACUAACUUACGUUAAUCCCGCUCUGGCCACACGAUUCCCCUCAUUGAACCCUGCCGAUCCACGCCAAGAUGCCGCGAGUGCCCGUGGUCGGUCGGCUCUUCAUCAAGGAGUAUAUGGCUCUGCUAGGCUCACUUAUACUCGUGGGCCUUGAGGGCUUUUUACGUGUGAUCACUCUAGCUUUGCCUGGGCCUGUGAUCAGAUUUUGUUACAAUUGGUCCCGAAGCCUCUUCAAUUAUCUUUCCUCGCCUCAAGGAAAGAAGUCUCGGACAAAAAAGAAGAAUGUCGUCUCGUCUAUAGCUCAAGCAUCAGACUUUGUUGAUUUGUGUCUCCUUUUCGGAUAUGAAGCUGAGGAACACGUUGUCCAAACUGGAGAUGGCUACCUCCUUGGCCUCCAUCGGCUCGCAUGGCGGAAAGGUGAAGAAGAGGAGAGAGUCAACAGUGGAGAGGGAAGCUUAAAGAAAAAGGUUGUCUACCUUCAUCACGGGUUGCUCAUGAACAGUGAAGUCUGGGUCUGCGCGACCGAAAAGGAAAGAUGUCUGCCAUUUAUGCUUGUUGAAAGAGGCUAUGACGUUUGGCUUGGAAACAACCGAGGAAACAAAUAUUCCAAAAAGUCUACGCGGCAUACGCCCACAUCCACAGGCUUUUGGGACUUUUCCAUAGAUCAAUUUGCAUUUCACGACAUCCCGGAUAGCAUAGACUAUAUUUUGAAGACGACCCACCAGCCUUCUCUAUCCUAUAUUGGCUUUUCCCAAGGCACAGCCCAAGCUUUUGCAACACUCUCAAUCCAUCCCCAGCUGAACGAAAAGGUCGACGUAUUUAUUGCGCUUGCACCUGCCAUGGCACCCCACGGACUCAGCAAUGGUAUCGUAGACGCCCUGAUAAAAGCGUCGCCGGAAGUCAUUUUUCUCGCCUUUGGUCGACGGAGCAUUCUCAGUUCAACCACCAUGUGGCAAGCGCUCCUUUAUCCACCCAUCUUUGUCCGCAUUAUCGACUCAGCCUUGAGUUUCCUCUUUGCAUGGUCAGGCAUGAACAUUAAGCCCCACCAAAAGCUCGCAGCAUACCCCCACUUGUACUCAUAUACCAGCACCAAAAGUGUUGUCCACUGGUUCCAGAUCAUUAGAACGGCGAGCUUUCAGAUGUACGACGAUGAGGUGCAGGCUCCCUUGAGUCUUACGGGAGGUGCCAAGUACACCAAGGUCGCCAGGUUUCCGACGAAGAACAUUAAAACCCCAAUCGUAAUGGUCUACGGAGGAAGUGAUAGCUUAGUCGAUAUCAAAGUGAUGCUCAAAGAGCUCCCACGACAUACAGUUGCCACAGAGAUUCCGCACUAUGAACACUUGGAUUUCCUAUGGGCAGAUGACGUUGACCAGCUUGUCUUUCCGCACGUGUUUCGCGCACUCGAUACCUACACAAACGCCGAUCGCCCAAGGCGGCGAAUCAGCUCUGUUGAGCGGUCUCAGCCCAAUCUUCGCGCACCCGGCUCUGCAAGCUAUUUUUCUGAUGAUCGGCUUGGAGUAAAGGUUCCUGGCUCUACCGAAGGUCCAGUGGAUGCCGACGCUGAGACAGACAAUAGUAGUACCCAUGGCAAAAGCUACGCUGCCAUUGCAGCUGAUGCAGAAACUACCCCAACAGGGAUGGAGACUUCGCCUGCACCCAGUGACACCAAACACCAGCCGGAAGAGGCAAUCCUCUCUCCAUCUUCCACUGUCCCGCAAUCACCCAGAAAUGCCUUUGAUGCACAGGACUUCCAACCCGGGACGACAGACUCGUGGCCCUCUCCGGAGACAUCCCGGCAAAACACAAGCAUCACUGAGCCGGUCACACCGCCUCGCCUUGCGUCUUUUGGAAAGGACGGUCGAAGUGGAAGCGUAGGUAGCUACCGCAGCACCACAAGCUUAAACAGCGAAGGUGCAAAGGUAAGUAGAGGUGGUAUCAACGUGGGAUUCAGCAGAGCGGCCGGAGGCGUCAUCAGUCGAGGUACUGAAGGGCUUCCCGAUGACAAGUCGACUUCUCGAAGCAAGAAGAAGUCAAAGAGGAAGGCUUGAAAUUUGCGAGAUUCGGCGGCAUGAAUCUGGAUAGUCUCAUGUCGAUGAUGAUAAUGACCUUUUCUUUUUUCCCUUCAUUAUUUUUUCAUAUUAUUCUCCAGGUUGAAUAAGGUGUAUUGGAUCGUACGAGAAGUUUCGUAUUACAUAUAGACGCGGGGAAUUGGGUGACUCUCGUGCCUUUGCGACGGUACAUACUAAGGACCUUGAUACAAUAGAGUACAUAAUUUUUCUCUCUCGGCGGUCUCGGCGAUUGCAUGAGAGUAAAAACGAGCAGUUAUCCUUCAAGGAACGAAGUCAA